GAAACGAGAGCACGUGGGUCACUAGAAUACUAAUUACCACGAAUUAACACAGAUAAUGGGUCCACCAGCCUUUUCUCCACGAGGUGGAGGUCGUGGUGGUUUUGGAGGUCGUGGUGGAUUUGGAGGUCGUGGUGGUUUUGGAGGUCGUGGUGGAUAUGGUGGCCGUGGCGGAGAUCGUGGAGGGCGCGGAGGUCGGGGAGGCUUUGGGGAUCGAGGAAGAGGAGGAGGCAGAGGUUUUGGAAGAGGGCGUGGUGGUGGUGGAGGCAGAGGGGGCCGAGGGGGAAUGCGAGGUGGGAAAAAGGUGGUUGUUGAGCCACACAGACAUGAAGGAGUGUUCAUAGCCAGAGGUAAAGAGGAUGCAUUGGUCACUCUGAACUUAGUACCUGGAGAAGCAGUGUAUGGCGAAAAGAGAAUUUCUGUUGAGGAAGGGGAGAAGAAGAUUGAGUACAGAGCAUGGAACCCCUUCCGAUCCAAGCUAGCGGCCGCCAUUUUAGGAGGUGUAGACAAGAUUCACAUGAAGCCAGGCAGUAAGGUGCUGUACCUGGGGGCGGCCUCUGGCACUACCGUCAGCCACGUGUCUGAUAUCGUAGGGGCGGAUGGGCUGGUGUUUGCUGUGGAGUUCUCACAUCGCAGUGGCAGAGACCUUCUGAAUGUGGCGAAGAAACGACCUAACAUUAUUCCCAUCAUAGAAGAUGCCAGACAUCCUCACAAAUAUAGAAUGGUAGUGGGUAUGGUUGAUACGAUAUUUGCUGAUGUGGCCCAGCCGGAUCAGGCUCGCAUUGUUGCCAUCAACGCUCACCACUUCCUCAAGACCGGAGGCCAUGUCGUCAUCUCAAUCAAGGCAAAUUGCAUAGACUCAACGGCAGAGGCAGAGGCUGUGUUUGCCGGAGAGGUUAACAAGCUGAAGGGAGAGAAAGUGAAACCUCAGGAGCAGCUGACCCUGGAACCAUACGAGAGAGAUCACGCAGUUGUUGUUGGAUGCUACAGGUAGGUGUAGAGAAGCAACACCUGUACUGUGAUAGCUGACGACUCACUGCCCAUUGGAGAUUGGGGGG